UUUCCUCCCACAUUCAAAAAACAUGCAUUAAUUGGAAAUUCUAAAUUUCCCCGAGUUGUGAUUGUGAAGGCGACUGUUGUUGUCUUACCCGAUGACAGCUGGGACAGGCUCCAGCACUCCCGAGACCUUUAUGAGGAUAAGCGGCUCAGACAUGGAUGGAUGAAUGCAUACAAUGGCUGUUCUUUAACUACGAUACCAACUACUCUUUCUGGUAUUAAAACAAGUUAAAACGGGCAAAUUUUUGAACACCACAGCUGAAGCCGGGGUCCUUUCAUGAAAACAUGGCUACCCUUAUUCGGAUUAGGCACCGUUGGAAACGAAUCAAUUGGUGUCAAAUUUUAACCAGAAACUUGUCAGGGAAGUAUGACUAUGAUGCUGUCGUUAUUGGGGGUGGGUCAGGUGGACUUGCCUUUUCCAAGGAAGCUGCACAAGUUGGACAAAAAGUUGCUGUUCUGGACUAUGUGGAGCCAUCUUUAAAAGGUACCAAGUGGGGUCUUGGUGGCACAUGUGUUAAUGUUGGCUGCAUACCAAAGAAACUCAUGCACCAGGCAGCUUUACUUGGGACUGCAGUUAAAGAUGCUAAGAAGUAUGGCUGGCAGCUCUCAGAACCAAUUUCCCAUGAAUGGGUCAUCAUGGCUGAGGCCGUUCAAAACCAUGUCAGGUCUUUGAACUGGGGUCACCGGGUCCAGCUCCAGGACAAGAAGGUGAAGUAUCUGAACAUGAGAGCUAGCCUCGUGGAUGAACACACAGUUAAAGCACGAACAAAAGCAGGCAAAGAGAUGACCUUGACUGCCAAGAACAUUGUGAUUGCUACAGGUGGCCGGCCCAAAAUCCCCACAAAUAUUCCGGGAGCAAUGGAACAUGGUAUUACCAGUGAUGACAUAUUCUGGAUGAAAGAAUCUCCUAGAAAAACGCUUGUGGUUGGCGCGAGCUAUGUAGCUCUGGAGUGUGCAGGCUUCCUCACAGGCAUUGGCUUGGACACGACGGUGAUGGUUCGCAGCAUCGCCCUCCGAGGUUUUGAUCAGCAAAUGGCAGGAUUAGUGACAGACUACAUGGAAUCUUAUGGAACCAAAUUUGCAUGGAGGUGUGUCCCCAAGAGAGUGGACAAACUUCCAUCAGGAGCCCUGAAAGUGACCUGGAAUGAUGCCCUCACAGGCAACGAACACAGUGACACAUACGAUACUGUUUUGUGGGCAGUUGGGCCACCAUUGACUGCCAUCAUGGGAUUGGAUAUAGUGAUGGACCAUGCACCGCAACCCACAGGUAGAGCUCCUGAAACUAAAGCUCUUGGUCUCAACAACCUUGGUGUACAAGUCAACAAGGAGACGGGGAAAAUAAUUGUGGGAGUAGAUGAAUCUACCUCUGUGCCAAACAUCUAUGCUUUUGGGGAUAUAGGACAGGGUCGUCCUGAAUUGACACCUACUGCUAUUAAAGCAGGGAAACUCCUCGCUCGGAGGCUUGCUGGCCACAGCAGAGAGAUCAUGAACUAUGACAACGUUCCAACCACUGUGUUCACUCCUCUUGAAUACAGCUGUGUGGGCCUAUCAGAGCAGGAGGCUGAAAUCAGGCAUGGCAAAGACAACAUUGAGGUUUACCAUGCCUUCUACAAGCCUCUGGAAUUCACUGUAGCAGAACGUGAUGCAAGCCAGUGUUACUUAAAGGUGAUAUGCAAGCGGGAUGAAGAACAGAAGAUAUUGGGUCUGCACUUUACUGGUCCAAAUGCAGGAGAAGUCACGCAGGGUUUUGCAAUGGGCCUUCAGUGUGGAGCAACGUACUCACACCUGUUGAGGACAGUAGGAAUCCACCCGACCUCCGCUGAGGAGCUAACGAAGGUCAACAUCACAAAACGUUCAGGAUUGAAUGCUACAGUCACCGGUUGCUGAGGUUAAAGCCCCGGUCUCUGAACACUGAGCACACAGGGCAGAAAAGGGUAGUCGUGUCCAAAUAACGGUGAUGGUUUAGCCUGCGCUUUCUUUUGGGUCCACUUCCUCACCACAUAAUUCUUCAUCAUUUAUUUGAUCAAAAAAUAUUACAAACGUGUUAAAUGCAUCCAACUUGAAUCAGCAUAUUCAAUAUAGAGCAAAGUUUAUAAAUCAGGUGUGUGAGCAUUUUGAAGGAAGGGGCUCAUAAAUCAGGAUUAAAUCCUGUUCUUAGUGCGUUGUUGAAAUAAUGCUAGAAACAGAUAGGGUUCUAACAUUUUUCUGAAAAUAUAUUCUACAAAUAUUGUUGUUACUGUGUUUCUACUUCCUGUCCAUUAGUCUUGAAAUUGACACAUACCAUAACCCUCCCCCUACACGGACCCGCCCCCACCCCUCCCAUGACACUGAUGGAUGGCCCUUGGGCCGUCGCCGCAGCGACAGCACCUCAUUUCCCAUGGACAGACACAAACAGUCAUUGGUCAGUCAGUCAGUCACCCUGGAAAGACGGGCCUCCGUGAUGGUCGGGAAUGGUCCAGAUAUACCUUCCCCUAUCCUACAAAACUCUCUGGCACAACAUUAAACUAUACCGCAGAAUGGUAAAUAUCUGCAGGCUGAGCACACAGUACUCUGAGGGCAUCACUUCACGAGCAACUCUGGAAGAGCAGUAUUACUCAGUGUUACCCAAAGGUGGCACUAUUGCCUGCUAAUUUUAUCGGAUGGAAAAGAUACAAAUAGACAUUUGUCUAGCACGUUUAUGUCCCUCAAUCCCCACAAGUGAUGAUGCUUUUUUUUUUUUUUUUUUUUUUUUUUUUUUUAGCUGAAGUUGGAUAGUACACUGGAUUUAUUGGUGCCCCAAUUGCUAAACUUUAUCUUUUGUCUGUUUACAUCAAUGGGCGUUUUAUAUUCAGUAGUCAUCACCCUCUAAGAUAAGAUGAGUUGUUUAUAUCAAUAGCCAUAAUAGCAGAUAAAAGAGUUUGAAAGAUUGCCCAAUGUUCAACCUGCUGACUGAACCGGGCAUCCUCAACCUAGCUUUUUAGGCAGAAGAGGGAGAGAGCCCGAAUGGGGUUGCGACACAGGUUUGGUGACUGAAAUGGUGAGUGUAGUUUAUUUUUGAUCUGCCCAAUCUGAUUAAUGAUUCCGAUGAGGGGAGUGACAGGAUGCCUGGUGAUGGGGAAAAAAAAGAGAGCGCAGGCUACCAGGUUUAUUUGGUCCUGGUCUUGGAUAGUAUGAGCUGAGAUUCAGCUGGGUUGGGAAAGGAUGGGGUUGGGGGGGGGAUUCCUGUGUGCUCUGUUCAGGCCCGAAGUGCUGACUGAAGCACCCUGACCUCUGCUCAGCAGGAACAGCUUGACUCGAUCACACUGAGGACAGAGGGCUCACAUGGUCUGGUGCCACACGGCAGGGGCCGAGUGUGUUUCGGAUGAAGGGGGUAACGAUGGCCACUGGCCUAAGCAAAGCAACACGGCACUGAGCGGUAAUUGAGUCUUUAUUCCUGUGCUUAACGAGGCACUUGAGAGACCUCAGGUUAGGACAAAAGCAACUGAAGGGAAGUCAUUCAUUCCAUCAGUGUAAUGAUAACGUCUGCUUGCUUUUAUACCAUCCACUUCCCCUGUCCAUGCUCGGUCCCUUCAGUAUCCACAUACCACUAGUCUCACAAAGCAUGACAAAAUACUUCACUUUUAUAUGUAAUAUAUCAUUUUAAAUUUGUUCAUUUGCCUUUGUUAGUUGUGAGCGGUCUCUGAGCAGCACGGGGGGAAUCAGGGUUCAAUUUUCAGGUAACCAGCUAAUGAUGACCUGCACAAAAACCCAAAACUGGGGAGUGCCGGGCUGAUAUCUCCUGGCUGCCAAUUUAAACAUUAAAAGUUGUAAAAAAGAAAAGCCUAAUUUUCAAUGAAAGCUUGAAUGUCUGUUAAAUAUGUAAAAUAAUAGCACUGGAAUGCACAUUGUCUGUAUUAAAGUUGUGCUCUCCACUGA